ACUACUUUGUCUAUGAGGCACCAGAUCUGUGCCUGAGUAAUAAUAUAGGUUUGUCUGACAGAAUGGGGGAGGGGAAGCAUAUUUGUCACUCACAGCACAGGAGUGGAGCCUGGAAGGAGAGCAAUGCAUGGUAUAGUAUAACAGACAGCCUCUGCUAGCUGGUUGGCUCUGUGGAUAUGCAUAGUAGAGGGCCAUAGGUCACAUCCAAGGUCAUUGUAUGGUCUGACUAAGAAAACCUGCUUCCUUUUGUAAAGUUCAAAAGAGAAGUGACGUUCUGUGACUGUCCCUGGCCUUUGACAGGCCCAGUGAGAGAAACCAGGCAGGAUGGGAGAGCAGUUCAGAGAGGAGAUCCCAGAGGAAUUAACAGAUGGUAAACUGACAGCACAGCAAGUUUAAUUUAGACCUCGAACAAGACUGAGAGCAAGGCAGCAGGGUACUGUUGUUAAUUGUUUGCCAGACUAACACGGCAGGGAAGAACAGACUGUAAAUGAUAAAACUGUAUUUUCAUCCGAAACCCAGUUCACCCCAGAAUGGGGAAUGCAACCCCCCCCAAAAAAACAAACAAACAUGCUGUUAAAAAGCCUGUGAGCUGAUCAUCAUUAUUAUAAAAAUACAAAUGAUUUAUUGAGUAAAUAUGCUGUAGCUGCUUAUUUAUCACGAGCUUGGAAAAACUGCCUGAGCUUAAUGGUGUGCACUGCCUCCCAGUGUUGUUCUCUGCUGCUGAGUGUCAGCCAUUUUAGAGAGCUUCCCCUUUCUGUCCCUCUGCUCCAAGCACACUGAGUAUUUGUAUGUAAGACAGAAGGAAAGAAGGGAAGGACUUCCUCUCAAAAGGCUCUGCACAGAAACCUCAUCUCAUCCAGAGAAGCUUUUGCAGCCUUUUUGAAGUCGACCAGUUUGGAAGAAGAAGAAGAGGGAAAAACAGAAGAACAGGCUGCAACAGAAGAAAUGGAGAUCUCAACACGGUCCAAAGUUUCAGAAGCUGGUUCAACAGAAAGGGUGGCACCAAAAAGAAAGAUGCCCAGUCCUUCUCAGUCAUCCAACGGUCACUCCUCUGCUGAGACCUCACCGUGCCCAGUGAAAAAGAAGAAGAAACCAGGUGCUGUUAGCAGCAGCAAAGACCAGUCAGAACUAAGACAUGGUCCCUUUUACUAUGUGAAGCAGCCAGCACUCACCACAGACCCUGUUGAUGUUGUACCGCAGGACGGCAGGAAUGACUUCUACUGCUGGUUGUGCCACCGCGAGGGCCAGGUGCUCUGCUGUGAGCUCUGCCCCAGGGUGUACCACGCCAAGUGUCUCAAACUACCAGCCGAGCCCGAGGGCGACUGGUUCUGUCCGGAGUGUGAGAAAAUAACAGUUGCCGAGUGUAUAGAGACUCAGAGCAAAGCCAUGAUGAUGCUUACUAUAGAUCAGCUCUCUUACCUGCUAAAGUUUGCCCUGCAGAAGAUGAAACAACCAGGUGAUCAUCCCCGCUUGUCAUCUCGCUCCCCCCAUGCAGCUUCCACGCAGAGAAAGACUUAUAAUUGGACUGAACCAUUCCAGAAACCCGUGUCUCUUGAACAGCAUCCUGAUUAUGCAGAGUAUAUUUUUCAUCCUAUGGAUCUCUGCACACUUGAGAAGAAUGUCAAAAAGAAAAUGUAUGGCUGCACAGAGGCCUUUUUGGCGGAUGCAAAAUGGAUCUUGCACAAUUGUAUUAUAUACAACGGAGGCAACCACAAACUUACAACUACAGCUAAGGUGAUAGUAAAAAUCUGUGAACAUGAGAUGAAUGAGAUUGAAGUUUGCCCUGAGUGUUAUUUAUCUGCGUGCCAAAAGAGAGACAACUGGUUCUGUGAGCCUUGUAGUAACCCGCACCCUCUAGUGUGGGCCAAACUGAAAGGGUUUCCAUUCUGGCCUGCUAAAGCUCUGCGGGACAAAGAUGGGCAGGUGGAUGCUCGCUUCUUUGGGCAGCACGACAGGGCCUGGGUUCCUUUAAACAAUUGUUACCUCAUGUCCAAGGAAAUACCUUUUUCUGUAAAGAAGACCAAAAGCAUUUUCAACAGUGCCAUGCAAGAGAUGGAGGUCUAUGUGGAGAAUAUGAGAAAGAAGUUCGGAGUGUUUAAUUACGCCCCCUUCAGGACGCCGUACACGCCGGACAAUAAUUUUCAGAUGCUCCUGGAUCCCUCUAACCCCUCGUCAGGUCCCAUCAAACCUGAGAAGCAAGAGAAGAUCAAGCUGAGUUUUGAUAUGACCGCAUCGCCUAAAAUCGCAUUGACCAGGACCUUGUUACCUGGGGCUGGGGUGGGAGGAAGCGCAGCAGGACGCCGGCUCCCUCUCACUGACAUGCCUCGCUCACCCAUGAGCACCAACUCCUCUGCUCAUACAGGUUCAGAUGGGGAACAAGAAACAACCGACAAGUCCCAGACAAAAGCGUCAAAUAGCCAGUUCAGUACAGGAGAGGAGUCCAUGGACUGCACAGUCUCACCAGCUCAUCCUCGACCUGGUGGUGCAGGUGGUUCCUUGGACAGCCCCAAAUCAUUACCCUCUCAAGCUCCUGGCAUUCCCAAGCAGGAGAAGACACCACAGACAGGAAGUAUUCUGAACCUUAAUCUAGAUCGAAGUAAAGCAGAUAUGGACCUAAAGGAGCUGAGUGAAACAGUUCAGCAGAAACAAGGAGCCACACCUGUCCUCACAUCUCCAAAAAGACAAAUCAAGAGCCGUUUCCAGCUGAACUUAGACAAAACCAUUGAGAGUUGCAAGGCCCAGUUGGGUAUUGGUGAGAUCUCUGUGGAUGUGUACAAAGGUGUUGAACACAGUGACUCAGAAGAGACUGAUAAAUCUGACUCCAGUGACAGCGAGUAUGGCAGCGAUGAGGAGCAGAAGACCAAGAAUGAACAAGACACAGCACCCAGUGAGGAGCCCCAGAAGGAACCCACCAAAACUAAUGUCAAAGACCAACCUUCCCCCAGCAAUGAAGAAGAGGGUAGAGCUGAUUUACUUGUAGCAACUGAAUCAGCAGCUGGAGAAGCCAGUGUGACCGUGUCUGAUGCUCAAACUAAAGAGAAAACGAGCAGUGAAGUAGAGAAAGAGAGCCCAGAGAAAAACAAAGCACCUCGGGAAUCACCUGUUCCCAGAGAAAAGUCUCAGGUGAAACAAGAGACAAAGCAGACUGUGCCAGUGGAGGACUCUGACUCAGAGAGGGAACUGGUUAUUGAUCUUGGAGAGGAGCAAGGUGGCAAGGAAAGGAAAAGGAGAAGAAAAGACAGCGCUACUGUUAAAGAUUCAACUACUGGUAAAGUUGAAGGUAAAGCUUCUAUAACGUCAACGCCCCCAUCUCAAAACAGCACGGCACCUUCCACACCCUCUAGUGUUUCCAUGCAGUCCCCUGUGGCCAUUCCUGUCACUGUGGUCUCCUUCACCGCUCCUUCUCCUGCAACCAUUAGCCUCGCGUCUGCAUCCAGUGCCACUGCAACACCCCCCCCUUCCACUUCCACCUCGACCACACCGGCUUUGAAGAAACAGCGCCCUCUGCUGCCUAGAGAGACAGUGCCAGUGGUACAGAGGGCUGUAGUGUGGAAUCCCACAGCUAAAUUUCAGACCUCCUCUCAGAAAUGGCACAUGCAGAAGGUGCAACGUCAGCAGCAAAACCAGCAACCUGUGGCAACCACACAAAUGCAGGCGUCAUCUCCCAGGCAAGGCCAGACGCAAGUGCUAACCCAGACCCAGGCAGCUGCAAACGGCUCUACAGCAGUCUCCUCCUCUUCACAAAGCACACGCUAUCAGACCAGACAGGCGGUGAAAGCUGUUCAACAAAAAGACACCCUACUCAGCACGUCCACUUCAGCUGUCACGCUGGUAUCCAGUAGCCCAGCUUCCGUUGCCAUGAUGGCAGCGUCGAGUUUAGGCACGGCUGCUGCACCUUCACCAGUGGCAACAGACCUGUAUAUCCCAACUGCCUCGGCAGAUGUGGCGGCAGACAUUGCCAAGUACACAAAUAAAAUAAUGGAUGCAAUUAAAGGUACAAUGAGUGAAAUCUACAACGACCUUUCAAAAAAUCCUUCAGGGAAUACAGUAGCAGAGAUAAGAAGACUGAGGAUUGAAAUAGAGAAAUUACAGUGGUUGCAUCAGCAAGAGUUGUCCGAAAUGAAGCACAACCUUGAGCUUACGAUGGCUGAGAUGCGGCAAAGUCUGGAGCAGGAGAGGGAGAGGUUGGUGAGCGAGGUGAAGAAACAGGUGGAGCUGGAGAAGCAGCAGGCAGUGGAUGAGACAAAGAAGAAACAGUGGUGUGCUAACUGCAGGAAAGAGGCCAUCUUCUACUGCUGCUGGAAUACCAGCUACUGUGAUUACCCCUGUCAGCAAGCCCACUGGCCAGAACACAUGAAGUCUUGCACUCAGUCAGCCACGGCUCCACAGCAGGAACCUGAGGCCGAGCCUACAGCAGACCUCCCAAAUAAAGGUUUAGGGCAGACUAGCGGUGGCCCAAACCCUCUCAGAGACACACCAGCCUCUGCGUCAUCAUUGGACAAAGACUGUGACAUGGAAAAGAGCACUGACAGUGUUGCCGUCACUUUGUCAUAACCACGCUUACCAUACUUGAAAAUGUAAAUGUAAAUUUUUUUCCUCCCACUACAAUAAUAUGUCCAUGUAAUUUGUUCUGUUCAACAGCCUUUUCCAAAUUGAAAGUGAAAAAAAAAUCAAGUUAUUUUUUUUUUUUUUUUUUUUGUUUGCCUUUCGGGCGUCACAUGGUUCCCCCACUGCAGAGUGGUGUAAAACACAACUGGCAGCAGAGUGUGGCAGUUUAAAAAAUAGCUUACAGUGUAUGUUCUUGCAUUCUCUUGCUGGUCUUUAUAGGCAGCUGCCAGUAUGAAGAGCUUAAGAGCAUGCUUGAGUGUCAUAAAACAUAUCAGUGGUAUAUUGGACAACAGUUAAACCAUUUAUGACUACAGAAAUGUAACCCGUGUUAAUGAACCACCUCAGUUGUAGAUUAGAGGACUGCUGACAGAAGUGUCUGUAAAUGACUUAUUUUGUAUUUUGUGUUAAUUUAUUUGUUAUUCUAUUGUUGCCUGUUGUAUACUGCAAAGAAAGUAACAAAUACACACAUUUUAAACAA